CAGCACGGAACGCGCAGAAGGUGCGCAAGCAAGCGAGUAGGCGAGCAACCAGGCAGGCGGUUCUCGAGACGACACGACGCACGCACGCACGCACGCGCGCGCUCUUGCAAAUCCGCGGUAAAUUCGCGUACGUAUAUGAGCAAGCGAGAGAGAGAGAGAGAGAGAGAGACAUGUGACUGAUCUCGCGCACGCACGCACAAACGCGAUGGCAAAACAUCAUCACGGUCUGACGAUCGGGACAACGUGAUCGAAGCGAGCGAGGAUCGUGUGGCGACAAGAGAGAUCGGCAGUGAGUGCUCCGAAGGAUCGAUCCUGCAAAUCGAGCGGCGCAAGAACGGAACGCCGCGGUCGUGCCGCGGUAUUAUGUCACACUCCCACGCGAGCGACGGCGGCCGCCGUUUCUGCCGCCGUAGUUGCUGUUGUUGCUGCUCCUGCCGCCGCUGUUGCGAGACCCAACGUCUUCGUCGUUUGACAUUUCCGUGCAGCGCCUGACGCACGGCUCCUUCGUCGGUUGAUAUUUACGCGCACUCUGCCAGAGAGAGAGAGAGAGAGACGAUUUUCGUCGGUGACGAUGCUGGUGGUGAUAUGAACUUUUGGUCAUCGAUCGACAAUGUCUCCCGUUCACCCGGACGACAAUCAUCGAUGAACGUCGGAGAGAGUCGCGCAGAAGGUCCAACGGAGUUGCCGCCACAUCCGUUCCGGUGUUCUCGCGAGCCGUCGGCGCGAUCGUUCCGGGAUCGCCGUCGCGCAUCAUCGCCUAACAGGCCGUGGGUGGAGAUCACGACAAGCAGGCGGGGCGCGUGCACUGGAAUGGAGACGCCGGAGGAUCAUCGCGUGUCAUCGUCGUGAGUGUCGUUUUCGCGUUCUCUCAUAUGUGUACCGAGUGUGAGUGAAUCGAAUAGAGAAUCGAGAUAAACAAAAAAAAAAAACAAAAAAACAGAUAAGUGGAACAACAAAACGGCCGUGGGCGGACUAAGAGAAAGAUAAAGACCGAGAGAGAGAGAGGAAGAGGGGCGGGAGAGAUAAAGAGAGAGCGAGAGGGAGAGUGUAUCAACGCGUGUGUGAAAUGGAUGGUACGCCAAGGAAAAGCGAAGCAGUGCUAAUAUAUGGAUGCCCAUGGGUGGAAUUUGGCCGAAAUGUGCCAGCGUUACCAUCACGCUGUACCGGCGGCGCAGCAGAACUCCUCGCCAGUUAGGGACCCCUCCGCUGCCAUCGUGCAGGGCCUGUCAACUGCUGCGCACAUCGAUCAGGCCAGUCCGUCUUAUUCCCAUUACACGAUGCUGGAUAAUUACGACAGGGGUGAGGUGACACCACCACCACCACCGGUGAGCGGUUAUGGCGGCUCUCCCGGGCUCCUGGCACUUCAUUCUUCGCUUUACGCAGCUCCCACAUCGCGGGCCUAUGACAUUGACUCCAAUAUCGACGGCAAUGAUAACUCGAUGCCCAUCGAUACCCAAAUCAUCUCGAUACCGGGCAUGUUGAGCGGUCCGGCGGCGCAGCAACGGCUGGAAGACAUGCCCUGGCUGGCUUCCGGGUCGUCCCUGGAAUAUCAGCAGGGCAUCUCGCCGAUUCCCGCGGGAGUGAAGAUGUGCCAUCCCGGCGGCAGCCAAGCUCAGAGGAGCCUCAAGGAGCAGCGAAUACGUCGUCCGAUGAACGCGUUCAUGGUCUGGGCAAAGGUCGAGCGCAAGAAAUUGGCCGACGAGAAUCCCGAUCUCCACAAUGCCGAUCUCAGCAAGAUGCUUGGAAAGAAGUGGCGAGGGCUGACGCCGCAAGACAGAAGGCCCUACGUCGAGGAGGCCGAGAGGCUCAGGGUCAUACACAUGCAGGAACAUCCCAACUACAAAUACAGACCGCGGCGUAGGAAGCACGCGAAACGGACACCCGGUGCACCGUCCUCCCCUCCCUCCACGACCAACACCGCGGGCAGCAGGUCCAACCCCGCGGGUCCAACGAUUCAUCAUUCCAUGUCCAAGAUGGACAGUUACCAGGGCAUACCUCAAAUCCCGUGGGGUGGCCAUUCCCCGAUCUCAUCCCUAUAUCAUCAACAGCAGCAGCAGCAGCAGGGUAUCCAGGAGUAUAAAUCGGAAAAUAAUUCGCUCUACGGCAGCCCUUAUACUCCUAUUAUCCACACUCCGGACAUAUCUCCGGUGGCCAGUCCCGAGCCUGACGGCGACGGCGGUCAUCUACCGUCCACCCAAAAUCCAGAUCCGGAACGAGACAUGAUGGAAGGCACGUCGAAACAACACGGGGAUAUGACGGAACAAACGAAGCGAUACACAUUCAUAAGCAACGACAGUCAAUUGCACACGGGUCAUACUGGUAACACUAGUAUAUCAUCGUGUCAGAAUUCCAGCGGUUAUACGGACACUUUAACGUAUAAAAAAUCCGUGGGUUACUUGAACUUUGAGAGACAGUCGACGAGUAUAGCCGCGGUGGGUAUAGCAAACGGUAUGAUGGUGUCGUGCAAUAAGCUGCGCUCCGGUUUCGACAACGUCGGCUCCGUCACGGGCACGUUUUAUCCGCCGGUGGCUUCGCCGCACGAUCAAUCGUUGCAGCAUUACAGCGGCACGCAAUCCUCCAAGAGCGUGAGCUAUUCGAUGCAGUCUAACGUCGAGAGCAAUUAUACCCCGAUCCAGUGUGGCAAUCGACAACAAUCCAUAGGAAUCCGCGGGCCUACCGAAAGCUGUUCCGGUGUGACGCACAGAUAUCAAAUGCUCCAUCAUCAGGAGUACCAAACAGAUACGUCCAGUGGUGCUCAGCAGCAGCAACAACAACAGCAACAGCAGCAGCAUGCGAUCCUCGGCCAUAUCGAUUCCGGCCUGACCGGGCCGGAAGACGAUCAGCAGCAGGCCCUGCAGCUGGAAAAGUAUUUCAAAUAUUCCCACCCGACGAGCGUGGCGCACUCGAGCCUGUCUUCGCAGAGUAUGCUGGACAGCAAUCACAAUUACGCCAGCGAUUUGCGCUACUAUGGGGCCCCGCAGCAGCAGUCACAGUUGGAUAUGUCGAAUUCCCAGUGCAUCGUCGACGAUCAAGGCAAGGACACACGCUGUGCCAAUGUCGGCCUCAGUCACACUAUGGAAUCACAGUAUCACCAGAGCUUAGACGUGUCGAAGUACCCGGAGCACUCGGCCUCGCAUCAGCCGCAGCAGCAGACACAGAACAUGGAGCACAUGCCCAAGGCCGACGACGAUUUUAGUGUUAUACUCGCGGACGUGCGCAAGACCUGCUACAGCAGCUAGUGUCUCUUCCUGUAGUGCACGAACGGACGGAUUUGGUCGGGAUGACUGACAGUGGCGGUGUUCGAAUAUAUUGAGAACUCGUCGUCGUCAUCGUCGUCUCCCGAGUGGAAGGAGGGGAAAUACGUUUUCUUACGUUAUCGUGGUUGUCGUCGUGGUGCCACCCUUCCACCUCCUCCAAAAUAGUCAAAGUGCCUUUGUUUCUCGAUAAGAAAAGAAGGUACGUCCGAUCCUCGUUAACGCUCAGAAUUCUGACUUGGGAUCUUUUUCGGAACAAACGAACGAGUAAGCGCUGUUCGCCGCGCGACUCGAUACAUUCAUCACGGCAAGAAAGCGUCGUUCAGUCCUAUCUUCGUCGGGACACAUAUUUAUGCGAUGUUAUACUCUAUAUUCGAGUAUCUUGUGUGUACGAUGGAAGCACGAUCUCUUAUAAAUUUCAGGAUACGAUCCACUUCAUGUGGCAAAUACUUCGGGAAGCGCUGUUUAAAUCAAUCGUGCUUGCUUUGAGCGCUUCACAGUGUUUGCAAUUUCGAGUGAAUCAUACCCUCGAUUCAACUGGAAUUAUAUUAAAUGAGAGCCGGUCGACCCGAGGCUACAGCGGGAAAAGAAUUAGAAGGGUGCGCCGUUAGAAAAUGAGGAGGUUUUAUCGGAAAAGCCAGUUUAUCAGAGCCAAUAUUAAAAAUGCAAAGAAAUGUUUUAAUAUUCAACUUAAGGGAUCCUUCCUAAAUCCUCUUGCUCCGAUGUAGCCGCCCUGCGCCUCGAUCACCGCCACGAUCCUGGGUCCUAAAACGCGAGCACGCCGUCUUCAACUAAGCCCGGAGGGAUGCUUGGACUUCUUGGUACCUCUUUCAACUACGCUUCCACAUGUAGUAGUCGGAAAAGUUGAGGUCGAGACUAUUGGGAGGACAGAAGUCUUUGGAUCAGAACAUGUCGACGUUCGGUCGGAGAGCCAAUUCUGUACCAAAUGACUCGUGUGCGCCGUCUUGCCGGAAGAUACACGGCCUUUAU